CGCCCCUCGGCGCCGGGAGGCGGAGCCGGGCGGGCGAUCGCGGCCCGGCCGCUUCCUGGUCAGCGGAGCAGGAGGCGACGGGAGCCCGCCGAGGCGGUGCGGGGGUCCGGCUGCCGCCAUGGCCUCGCUCUUCAAGAAGAAGACCGUGGACGAUAUAAUAAAGGAGCAAAAUCGAGAGUUAAGAGGUACACAGAGGGCUAUAAGCAGAGAUAGAGCAGCACUUGAAAAACAGGAAAAACAACUGGAACUGGAAAUCAAGAAAAUGGCUAAGACUGGUAACAAAGAAGCCUGCAAGGUGCUGGCAAAGCAGCUGGUGCAGCUGAGGAAGCAGAAGAAUCGAACCUAUGCUGUGAGCUCUAAAGUCACGUCCAUGUCCACUCAAACCAAGGUCAUGAACUCCCAGAUGAAGAUGGCAGGAGCUAUGUCAGCUACAGCAAAAACAAUGCAAGCAGUUAAUAAGAAGAUGGAUCCACAAAAGACGCUACAAACUAUGCAGAAUUUCCAGAAGGAAAACAUGAAGAUGGAAAUGACUGAAGAAAUGAUUAAUGAUACUCUCGAUGACAUUUUUGAUGCUUCUGAUGAAGAGGAAGAAAGCCAAGAUAUUGUUAAUCAAGUGCUUGACGAGAUCGGGAUUGAAAUCUCUGGCAAGAUGGCCAAAGCUCCCUCAGCUGCCAGAGGUUUGCCGUCUGCAUCGGCAUCGACCGCCACCACCAUAUCAGAUGAGGAGAUCGAGCGCCAGCUCAAAGCCUUGGGCGUGGAUUAACUGAUGCAGUUCAGAGUCUGCCUGCUGGGUGCUCAGCUCUACACACAUGUACAAGUGCAAAUACUCUUUCAAUGCAACUGAUUUCUAGGAAAACCCUGAAGUCUCAGAAACGACAACUUGAAGAUGAAUUUGCAGAGAAAAGUACUUUUUUUUUUUUUUUGUCCAUUGCAUGGAGUCUUUUUGACUCUGGACUUACCAGGGGUGUGGUUCUAACAAUAAAUUCACUUACAUCUGAUCAAGAUCUGUCCUUUGGAUUCUAAGUUUUCUCCCAUCUCAGUUCCUGAUCUGUCACUAGAACUGGCUAUUCUGUGGCUGGUCAUGCCAUUUCCUAGGACAGCACCUAUGUAAUAUUUAUAAUUUGUACAAAACUAUCAUUAGAGAAACAUUUAGUCUGCCAUCUCUUAGCACAAAUGAAAUUUCACCUUGGCUCUUAGUUGGAAACUUUUUUUUCCAUGAGGAAUAGCUUUGAAUGUCUAGCUAAUUUAGGCAGAAAGAAAAAGCAUUUUAUGUAUUUCUUCAAAAUUCCUUUUGAGCUGAUGAAAUAAUAGCUUGUUAUUCUUCUUACCAGAAUGGAAGGAUACACGCCUUGUGCAGUUAAUUUUUCUGGAAGAGGAGUUACAUUUGUUAAUCAACUUUGUUGCAUGAAAGGCACUGAUCGAACUCUAUUGUACUGUUACAUAGCUGGUUUCAACAGAAUUGCUGUGCCUUUAUGUAUAUAAAUAUUGUACCUUUGUGAUUUUCUUUCAGAAGGAGUCUUUGAAAGGUGAGUAAAGUUAAUAAUUAAGAUGGUUUUACAAAAUGCUGUGGUGAAACCUCUCUGUACACUUGAUGGGACUCAGUGCUGAAGUGGAGAGAUGCACUCAUUCAGAAAUGCAACUUGUGCACUUGAAAAAAGGACAUUUGCCUGAAGCAACAUUUGUAUAUAUUUUACAGUACUUCUUAAUGGAAGGUAACUGCAUAAUUGUAUUGUUUGCUAAGAUGCAACUGAUCACAUUGAUAAACUAAAUAUUAGUUUUGAGAACAAUUUUGGAUCAUAAAUGAUAACUAUGAUAAAUGAUAAUAAAAGUGUUUUGAUUCUGUGAAGGGUUUUCUAUGGUCUCUGAACUGCAUCAACACAAUUCUAGCUUUAAGUGGAAUAUGCAUUGUGCUAAGUAAUAAAAACUGUUGGUAUGGGAAAUAGA